ACACCCUGCCUGCUGCGCCGCACGACGCCCUGCUUAUCCAAUUCAUAACAUGCGACCGCUCAUCGGGACUGACGCUUUUCGCGAUCUGUCGCGAUGCUGAGAGAACGGUUCUGACCAAGCUUUCGUGUCAACCUUCACCACUUGCUGACCGGUACUGACGUUCUGUGAGGGUGCAUAGAUUUAGAAUGACUAUCGAGGAAAAGAAUCCAUACACAGUAUUCGGAUACGGCUCACUCAUCUUCAAGCCGCCACCGCAUACCAUUCGACAAGUGCCUGGUUUCUUGAAGGGCUACGUUCGCAGGUUUGCUCAGAAAUCGCAUGAUCACCGUGGAACACCUGAGAACCCAGGCCGAGUGGUUACCUUGAUACACACAGAAGACUGGGAAGCUUUCUCCAGCUCGGACCCGUUUCCCGAUGAAGAUGUUGUAUGGGGCGUUGCGUACACGAUCGACCCGCAAUAUGAGUCCGAAGUCCGCGACUACCUAGAUUACAGAGAGAAAGAUGGUUACACGAUCGAGGAGAUCGACGUCUGGAGCUUCGAGGACGGCCGUGAGGUCGUCGUCGCGCCAAAGUGCUACACCUACGUCGGGCUGCCAAGUAACCCUUCGUUCAUCGGGUCUCAGCCAAUAGAGUCCCUCGCUGAACGCAUAUGGCAGUCUGUCGGGCCGUCUGGCCGGAACAAGGAUUACUUGUACGAGCUGUCCGCGGCGGUCAGAAAGCUCGCGCCUGAAUCUCACGACUCGCACUUGUACGCGCUCGAGACAAGGUGCCGCAAGCUGGAUGCAGAGCGUGGGCAUGCUCCAGCGAAGUGAUAUGCGGACUAAGUAGAUGUCUCACACAUCCAACAUAGACACCCGCAAGCCGAAUAUGAAUACCAUGGAAUAAAUGC